GAUGACUACAUUUCUAUGUUUAAUUCUGUUAAUAAAGUGAAAAUAUAUACGCAGGUAUUUCACUGCAGUUCCGAAGGCUGUAACAAUCUCACGCUUGUUUUACCCAUUGCAAUGACGUCACUAAAUUAUAAAUGGACUGUAUUUUUAUUGGUUUCAGAUGCUCUGGGGGUGGUGUUCACCUAAGGCGGAAGUUCUGUUGUUUUGUGAGAGCAUAAAAAGUUGAUAGUUUGUAUGAGUUCUUGAGUCCAACAGUUUAUCGAGUUGCCUCACACAUUGGUAUUUACAGUAAUAACUGCAUCCCAAGGUUGGUUAGUUAUUGAUCAGUCUUCUAGCCAAUACUUCUAGGUUGUAUUCCAAACACGAACUCCUUCUUCGAAUGACGGAGUAACUUAAUUACCUACAUGGAUUUAUUGUGAGCUGUAGGUAAUAAGAAUGAUUGAAAUAUUUUGAAGAAUCGAAUAGGGUAAAUGAUGGCAGUGACGUAUACCACAAAUCACAUUAUGUUUAACCCCAGUUUCAAUCCAAUAUCAUUAGGCUUUAUGCAGUGAACAAUUUGUAUCAUAUGAAUGUCACAAAACAGAAAAAAACAAUCGAACAUGUUAAGCAUUUCUUGUAUUACACACAGAGUUUUGAUGUGAAAUUAUGUUAGAUUGGCACAAAUGACUGAAGAGAUGGGAGGGAACAAGGACAAAAACAUCGGUUUUACGUGACGUAAAGCACACGAAUAGUUGCUAGUUAGUUCACCGCGACAAUAAAGCCGUCUCGAGCCCCGUACCUUACAAAAAUUAGAGCUACGUAUAAAUAAAGAUGCACUACGACAACUGAAGAUUAAAGUCCAACACCAUUCUUGGAUGAGACAGUAGUGGAGGGUGGCGUGAAAAUAAGGGAGCACAUGAUAUACGAGGUCGUUUUUUGCUGUUGGCAGGGUAGCUAUAGGAAAUACUGCCCUGUUUCGCUAUCUAGCUAGCUAGAUAUAAGCAGGUCCGCCGCAGCGGUUGCACAGACAUCAGUGGAUAGUAUGAUGAGCUUUGAGAGGAUCCACGGAACGAUCACCAGUAGGAUUUGUGCACUGCAGUGUUUUUUAAUGUAGGCUAGAAUUUGUUUUCCUCGGGACCAGUCGGGUAAUUCACUGUCCGAAAUGGGGAAGGAGAUCAACGGUGUGUCUCGGAGCCGGUUUGAGAUGUUCUCAAACAGCGACGAAGCUGUCAUCAACAGGAAGUUGCCGAAGGAGCUGCUGCUACGGAUCUUCUCCUUCUUGGAUGUGGUGACUCUGUGCCGCUGUGCCCAGGUCUCACGGGCCUGGAACGUCCUGGCAUUGGAUGGCAGCAACUGGCAGAGGAUAGACCUGUUUGACUUCCAGAGAGACAUUGAGGGCCGAUGCCUGGGCGUAGGGGACAGUGCACUGAGGACCUUCGCCCAGAACUGCAGGAACAUUGAAUUACUCAGUCUGAACGGCUGCACCAAGAUCACGGACACCACGUGCUCCAGUCUCAGUAAGUUCUGUCCGAAACUGAAGCACCUGGACUUGGCCUCCUGCACCUCCGUCACUAACCUGUCCCUCAAAGCGCUCAGUGAAGGCUGCCCCCUGCUGGAGCAGCUGAAUAUCUCCUGGUGUGACCAGGUGACCAAGGAUGGGAUCCAGGCCCUGGUUCGCUGCUGUCCCAGUCUGAAGGGCCUGUUUCUCAAGGGCUGCACACAGUUGGAGGAUGAUGCUCUGAAGUACAUUGGGGGGCAUUGUCCUGAGCUGGUCACCCUCAAUCUGCAGACGUGCUCGCAGAUCACGGACGAGGGCCUCAUCUGCAUCUGCCGGGGCUGCCACCAGCUGCAGUCCCUCUGCGUGUCCGGCUGCGCCAACGCCACCGACGCCACCCUCAACGCGCUGGGCCAGAACUGCCCCCGCCUCAGAAUACUGGAGGUGGCUCGCUGCUCCCAGCUCACCGAUGUGGGAUUCACUACUCUGGCGCGGAACUGCCACGAGCUGGAGAAGAUGGACCUAGAGGAGUGUGUGCAGAUCACGGACGGCACUCUGAUCCAGCUUUCCGUUCACUGCCCUCGGCUGCAGGUUCUGAGCCUGUCGCACUGCGAGCUGAUCACGGACGACGGGAUCAGGCACGUGGGCGGCGGCCCGUGCGCGCACGACCGGCUGGAGGUCAUCGAGCUGGACAACUGCCCGCUGAUCACCGACGCCUCGCUGGAGCACCUGAAGAACUGCCACAGCCUGGACCGCAUCGAGCUCUACGACUGCCAGCAGAUCACCCGCGCCGGCAUCAAGAGGCUCAGGACUCACUUGCCGAAUAUCAAAGUACACGCCUACUUUGCCCCGGUGACUCCGCCCCCCUCGGUCGGGGGAAGCCGGCAGCGGUUCUGUCGCUGCUGCGUCCUGCUAUGAUGUCAGCGCCCCUCCCCCCCCCCACCUCCCCUGGGCCCAAUUUCGUGUGCAAGAGUCCGCAUCUGCAUGGCCCUCCUACCCAGCGCCACAGAGUGGGGGCGUGGUCGCCCGAGAGGGACCGACGUAUCCUCGCCCGGACUGAAGA